AUGAAUGAUCAGCAAAUUAAUCUUGGGUGCGAUAAUUCAACCUCAGCCGGUGGAACUUCUUCAACAAUAGCCUCUAAAAAUGUUGUAAAAGAGAAGAACAGGAGGAAGAAGUUGGCUGACAAGCUCUUAGCACUUAGAGAAGCAGUCCCCAAAAUCAGCAAGUUGGACAAAGCUUCCAUAAUCAAAGAUGCUAUUGAGUACAUCCAAAAUUUGCAAGAACAAGAGAGGAGACUCCAAGCUGAGAUAAUGGAACUUGAAUCCAAAAGAUUGAAGAAAGAUCCUGGCUUUGACUUCGAGCAAAGGCUACCAGUCUUGUUAAGAUCCAAGAGAACAAGAUAUGACCAAAUUUAUGAUCCUAGGGUCGCCAGAACUACUUGUCCCAUUCAAGUUUAUGAACUUAGGGUUACUUCCAUGGGAGAGAAGGCUUUGUUUGUGAGCUUGACAUGCAAUAAAACAACAGACACAAUGAUUAGGGUUUGUGAGGUUUUUGAAUCUUUGAAGCUGAAAAUUAUCACAGCAAAUAUCACUGCACUCUCAGGAAUGGUGAAUGAAGAAGAGAAAGAGCACUUGAAGAUAAAAAUUGAAAGAGCUAUUUUAGCUAUGAGCAUGUCCAGGUUUGAUUAUGAGAGAAAGCAUUUGGACCGGGCUGAUCUUGUUAGUCUAGGCUGGGCUGAGAGUACUGCUGGGGCUAGGCUAGACCGACGAGCUUAG